AUGGAGCGAGUAAGGCGCGGGGAAGGGGGGGGAAUGGGAACAGGUGAAGGAGGUGGAGAGGAAGAUGGAGGUGAGGAAGGGACGGGAGCCGAAGAGGAAGAGGCGGGUGGGGAGGCGCCAGAGAUGAUGUCGGAAGGGGGGGCAGUAGAGGCUGGCGCGGGUGGAGGGGCGGGAAGGGGCGGGAGAAGGGGGGGGGGGAGGAGGGGAGGGAAUGACAGACGACGGCUGAUCGAAAUCAGACCAGCGAAGAGAGGGGACAGGAGGGGCAGGUGGGGGGGAAUGGAAUGGGGAUCGAGUCUCAUUGAAAAUAACGUCCUGGCUGCGGAUGAGCUGGUGAGAGGAAGGGGCAUAGAAAAGGUAGCCAGGACAGUCAGAGUUUAUGCCAAGGAAGGCACAGAGUUGAGUCUUGGGAGCGAGUUUCCCACCCUGACGGGACCGGUCUGCUGGAUUGACAAGAACAUGGGCGACACACCCCCAGACCCGAAGAGAGCGAACAGAGGGCUGGCGGCCAGUCCAAAGCUGGAAAGGGGUGGUACUAGGGCGAUGAGGAUGAGGGCGGAGGUUAGAGAGCAGAGCGGCAUGGAGGAGAGCAUAGCUCCAAAGAGAGUGGGGAGCAGAAGCAUGGGUGAGAAGGCAGCGAGUAAUUUCCAUGAGAGUGCGAUUGCGACGCUCAGCAACCCCAUUCUGUUCUGGGGAGUGAGGAAGGGUGGAGGUCUGGCGAAUGCCAUGAGAAGCACAGUAAGAGGAGAGAGAGUGAUGAAAGAAUUCGCCACCACCAUCUGA